AUAUGAGUCGCAGUCACCACGCUCGCGCACGAAUAAAGAGUUUCUUGAUAUCAAUAAUUUGGGCAGAUAAACUUUUCACCUUGCGGGCUUUAUCCAUCGUUUCAAAAGCCUCUACUUCAAUUUCAAACACAAAAAUGUUGCGUGGUGGUAGCAAGGACGCGAAGAAGCAGCCGCGGAGAAGUGUGACCCUGGCCAACUUGCGCGUCGAUGGCACCGCGGCGAAAAAGGCUGCCGCGGAGGAGGAGGCCGCAGCGGAACAGAAGCAGCUCGAAGAACAGCAGAAAGAGAUUGACGCAGCGAACCAGCAAAUCCAGGAUGAAGCGCAGAAGCAGUCCCUGGACUACCUCAAGGGCGUGGUGGACGAAGUGCGCAAAAGUUUCGGGGGCGCGAGCUCGAGCGCCUUUGUCCGGGCACGCGUGAACGAUCGUGCGGAGUUGUCGUCGUCUUCGGAAGUAGAAGAUACCCCGGCGCCGACGAAGAUGAAAAACGAGGAUGAAGACGACGUCAGGUUGGAUUCGCCAACCUUGGAAGCGACUGCGGGUGUCGACGCUCCUGCUGGUGUUUCAAAAAAAUCGGAACAGCACGAGGGAACGGAGAUUCGCGCGGGGGAAAAUAAAUCCUCGUCAGCGAAGAACCCAUCAGUCACAGUCGUGGCCCCUCCUUCUUCUAAAAGUCCGGCACCCGCUCCCGUCCCUGGAGCGGAUAAUUCCAUGACCCAACAGGAGCACCGCGAGGAUGUCUUGAAGAAGGCCCAGGAGGCGGGGGAGCAGGCGAAAGCCGCCAUCCACGCGCUGAUCUACGGCGUCCAGCUGAAGCAAUUGAACAUUGCCGCCAAGGUGAAGCAUUUCAAGCGCGCAGCGACUUCGCGGAACAUCACGGGCGCGCCGCGGUCCAUGUUCGAUAUAUCGGAUGACGAGAACAACGCAAACAACGAGCCGCUGCAACGGACGGGUCUCUUCGACUUCAGCAAGUCACCAUCAGGGACGCCGAAGGCCGCGCCUCGGCGUGUUUUGUCCGACGCCAGCGUGCUCACUGAGGUUGACGCGGACGUCGGGGUGCCGGACUACAUGCCGACAACGAAGCAGACCAGCAGGCAGGGCUCCUUCAAAAACGCAGUCGGGCGAGCCGCUCGCAGUAGGAAGAUGAAAGCCGAGGGCGAAGCGGCACAUCAGCACCAUUCGACAGCAUCGUCUGGUGGAGCUACUUCUACAGAUGACCAGAAACUCGGCGGUCCUGGGACCACUAGUCUCGCAACUAGUAUUCAAGAGCUCGUGCAAGGUCUAGCCGGUGGAGCGCCGCCGAGACAGGUGUCAGGGCACAGCGAGAGAACGCAGCCAGGGGAGGACGAUGCUACAGAACGCUACAACUUCGACGCUGGCGCUGGGCAAGACGACGAUGAAGAUGAUGCACGCAGUACGUACCUGCAAUCGCCGACGUGGAGGCGGUUGCCGGACUUUGCCGAGCAGCCGCGGCUAACCGGGUUCCCCCUACCGACGAAGCGCCACGUGAAGCAUCAGUUGCCCUUUGAGGUGCCGUAUCAAAUGCAAAAAUGUCUGGGUCUGGAAGAUUGCGAGAUUUGUCAUGCUUGUUUGGCAUGACAAAAAAGUUUGUUUGCGAUGCGUGUCCAAGAAGAGACCCUUUUGCCUGUCAUGCAAAAACGCAGCUUCUCAUGCCCAUGCGAGAAACGCAACACAAAGAACUGCAGACAUUUCUCAUGCUUGGCUGUGCAUUACAGAGCAUUCACUAUUCCCAACUCAGCAUUACAAGUUUCCAGACCCAGACACUUUUGCAUUUGAUAUCCCGCCCCCCUCCACGGCCUUUCCCAUUCCGGCGUUCAAAACGGCGGGCCUGAACGACGGAAAAGCCUGGAUCUACAAGGAGGACAGUCCGCCGAAGAGCCCACUCUGCAUCUGCGAGAACGAAAACCAAAAUCCCUUCAAAGUCUCCAAGAGAUUGCCAGAGGGCGGGGUCUACUUGGACGAAGAACAAGAGGAUGAGAAUGAUGCCGCGUUUUUACUUGCGAGAAAUAGAGACAACAAGAAGAUGUCACAGCACGAAGCGGAAUCGCAACAGAGGCCGUCGUGCGGCUUCCGUUUGCUUGCGGAUCGCGCUACUGGCAACAUCGGCGUGCCCGUGUCAACGGAGGGCUAUGUACCGGACGAUUCGCCGACUCUGCGGGCACGCAUAGUCAAUGCGUUGUACGAUGCAAAGGAACAGAUUUCCGACGCCCUGUGUAGUCCGAGGGAGGAGCUGUACUCCCCUGCCACGUCUAAGAGUACGGUGAUUUCCCCUUCGGUUUUGGACGUGUACUUCUCGAAACCGGGCGCAAAACGGCCACCGCGGCGCUUGCGCAACUACGUGCGCAACAAGUACUUUUACCGGACCAAAGUUGAACCACCGGCGUCGCGGCCGAAGUCCGGAGGCGGCGGAAGAAGUUCUAUUCCGACUAAACCGUUCAAAGUGCACACCGGCGGACGCAGCGCAUCCGUGUUUCCGGCCCUGGAUUCCGAGGUGGACAACGCACCACUGCACACCGUCCUGGCGGACUACGUGGAAAAUUUGCGCGAAAUCCAGCGGCAGUACAUCCGCAGUCGGCUGCUGGAGGAGGACUGCGACGACCAGGUGCGUCGAUACUAUCACCAGGAACAACGUCUGGAGGCGCGAAUCCGCGCAGUCGGCGAGCACCCCAUCAAGCCGAGGUACGUGGGGCCCUGGGUGGCACAAACAAAAGCCUCCCGCUUGCGCGCGGAAAGCGGGCGGCGGCGCCGGCAGGAGCAGCAGUUGGCGUACCCAAAGAAAUCCGCCCUUGUUCCGAGUUACAGCCAACUGAUGUCGGCCAUCUCCGAGAAGGGGGCCAGGUCGUACAAUUUGCAAUGGCCGGAGGUACCGCUUUCCGCCAAUUCCUCUUCCGUCUCGUCUACUGUCAGUGAAAGCUAUGUUGAGCGGCCAGCGAGUGCGGGCCGCGCCGGCGAGGUCCUUGGCGAGUUCCUUCAGAGGACGGAGAGCAAGGAGGAGCAGGACUGGUUGAAGAGGCCACCAGAAAUGAAGAAUUCUUUCGGCCCUCCGUCACGGGCAACUUCUGGCGCGGUGUCUCGCAUGCAAGACAAAAUCUUGGCGGUGGAUUCGCAAGCGAGCCAAGUCUUGUCCCUUUUGCGCCUGCUCAAGGAGCAAAACGGCGACAUAAGCAGUCUGGGUCACGAAUCCAGUGCCGAGUCACUGUUUGGACCACAGUAGUCGCCGACCUGAACUAUGAACGUACGAGCUAGAGUUAAUAUAAAUAUUUCUUGUUUUAAGUAGACAUGCUUCAGUGCUUGUGCUGUGUGUCGGCUUGUGCUGUACUAAGAAACUCUUGCUUGUACCCUUACGUUUGAGAAUCACACUCGCUCUCCAAUCUGAAUCUGCGUAUCUAUUUCGCGUUCACCUAUACAAGAUUUUCAUAAUCUAAAUCUCCCCUACCUGCUGCUGCUUGAUGAAUUAGACUUACGAUCUUCGUGCUCCUCUUUGUAGAUAAUCGCUCCCUGAAUGCGAACAAAAAAAGCGGUCUGCAGAGUCAGAGAAUCGAUGGUGCACUACUACUUACAUUAGGGCGUGUGAUUCGAAGGCGCGUUACACCUCGCACCCUUGAAAUUACCCCUCCUGUACAACAUGUAAUUUCAUUACGCAGCGCGCUGGUGUAACUGUAUCUGUAAGAGAGCUUGAAAUCCUCGAAAUUCUAUACUCAUUGUGAAGGCAUCUGGUGCUUUGUUUUACGCCAGCUACCGCGUGAAUGCUGCGCACAGCAACAGGCACUACUUUUCAGUCUGGCUGGAUGUUUUCCGUAAAUUUACAGAGAUCUGCGGCAAAUAAAGAACUCUAAGGUCCGCAUGAUUAGCGACUUGACAUGGCGAGGAUCAGAAAAUGCAAAAGUGGCACUGACUUCCUUUGAGAUCGAUUGGGUAGUAGAAGAGGUUGAUCAGCAUCACUAAAAUUCGAAAUUUUUUUAUUGUGAGCAUGUAUGAAAGAGACAGAAACACGAAAAAGUAAAAGCGUCAAGACGUCAAGGCCGAGGC